AUGGCUGCCGUCUGGUGCCUUCUGUUAGUUGCGGUCGGUUGCGCCGCAGCCCCAGAGCGGUCCGAAGGAAAUGUCUUCCCGCCAUACAAGCCUUUAUUCAGCCCGGAGGAAUGGAAAGAAAUUUUGCAACUACUAAAUAUAACAAAGAGAGACAACCCUCCCUUGUACGACGACCCUCUCACGCACGAACAGAUCAUAGAGCUGAUUAAACAACCCAGCACGCUGUACCGGCACCUAGAUGGUCAACGGGAACACGCACAACCCGUAAAUAGGGAGCACCCACAUCAGCAGCUUCUCCUGGACCCAAGUCUACCCGAGGACAUCCUGCUGGAACUAGAGCUGGCACUUGACUAUGACGAGAUUCUGGCCAUUCUAGGGGAGUAUCUCAAGGGUUGA